AUAAGAUAUUGUUGAACUUAUUUGCGAAUACACACUUAUUGAGGAGAUUAUGUAAAUUAUAUUAGGAUAACAAAAGUAUUGAUCUCAAGCAGAAUCUCUAGUGGAAUUAGGACCACAGAGUAUCAUAUGGAUCACUUCUUUAAUAUUUUGGAAAGUAUUUUUAUCAUUUUUUUCUAAUUGAACUAAGUGCAGAUUUGCAGAUGCAUUUCAUGAAAAGUUUGGAUUUUCCCAAACAUAAGCUAAGGGUUUCUUCUUCACCGAAGUGUUUAUUUCAGCAGUAUAUAAUAUAGUCUUCUAAGCAUUUUUUGAUUUGUUGGUGAGAUCUUGAUGUUUGUUUGUUUAUAUUCUGUCAUGAACUAGUCUUUUUGUCUGUGGUAAAUGAACUUGGUAUUAUUUAUUAGAUUCUCUUUUUGAUAUUAUUUGAACGAAAAAAAGAAUCCUUCAAGUUAGGGGUAAUUUUGUAGGUAGCUUUAAUAAUGAGUAGUGAUUCUUACCCUUCUGAGAGUCCUGCUGCAGGAGAAAGUCCAGGAAAAGUUGGAGCACCAGAAAUGAAUACAGGUUCAGUUAAUUCAAAUAGAAAUUUCUCUUCUGAAUACCCUCCAUCUUUCCAGAGUUUUAUGAAUUCAGCAGGAUUCAAGAAAGCUGAGACGGAGAGGAAUUCCAUGUCCAUGAAUUUUGUGCGAGGCAUAAUAGAAAAAGAUUCAUUUAAAACUGGUGGUGAUUCCGGAGGUAAUUUUAAUAAUUCCAGGGGUGAUUCUUACCCUUCUGAGAAUCUUGCUGCCCGAGAAAAUUCAGGAAAAGUUGGAGGACCAGAAAUGAAUAUGGGUUCAGUUAAUUCAAAUCAAAAUGUCUUUUCUCAAUACCCUCCAUCUCUCCAGAGUUUUAUGAAUUCUGGAGGCUUCAGGGAAGCUGAAACAGGGAGGAAUUCCAUGUCCAUGAAUUUUGUGCGAGGAGUAGUAGGAAGAGAUGGCAGAAACCUAAUGGGGUUUUCUCCACAACCCCGGGGUCACAUUGAACAAAAUGCAGACUUUGUACACAUAAAACUUUUGCGGAAUAAUACAUUUGUUACUGUGACUGAUUCCAAGGGGAACAUAAAAUGUCGGGCCUCGUCUGGAUGCGUUCCAGAACUGAAGGGGGGGCGGUAUAAUGCUGAAUCAACUGCUGAGCACGUUGGUAGACUGGCUGAAAGAAUGGGCUUGAAGUCAGUGGUAAUGAAAGUGAAUGGUUUUACUUUUUUUAAGAAAAAAAAGCCAACAAUCCUGAAUUUCAGAAAUGGCUUCACUAAUUCUCGAGUAGACCACAAUCCUAAUGGGUAUAUUGAAGAUAACUCUACGACCGCUAAUGGAUGCCGACUCCGAAAGAAGCGCAGAGUUAAAUAACAAGAGUCAAAUUGUGCUCUUGUCUGUGCUGGCAGAAGAAUGUUUCUGCCUGAUGGUUAGUAAGCUGGUUAGACACAUUAUACAUAAGAUCCUGUGCUGUUGAUGCUCAGGUUAGUCUGUCUAACAUAGCUUGCUAGUUAAAUCUGAAGCCAAUCCUUGUCCUAUCUCUUUUUCUCCGCAGAGGUGGAUGUUUAUUUGAAGCUGUUGUUUUAUCCAUUCACGAAUUUGAAGUUAUAGAGGUAGAUAAUCUUAGUGUUAUCGAUCCGAGGAACUAAUAAUAUUAAUCAGUUUUGGUGCUUAUUGGCAACUCUGAAA